AAUAUAUGUUUAACAAUAAACAUCUUCGUGAAAAAUAACCCGGAAAAACAAGCCAGUCUGGCGCGUCAACAAUACACACGUAACACAAACAAAGACAUGAUGGGGAACAGAGGAAUAAAUACAUGUAGAUUGAUUGGGGAAUGAAAACCAGGUGUGCAGGGAACAAGACAAAACAAAUGGAUACAUGAAAAAUGGAGCGGCGAUGGCUAGAAAGCAGGUGACGUCGACCGCCGAACGCCGCUCGAACAAGGAGGGGAGCCGACUUCGGCGGAAGUUGUGACACAGGCACAAGUCCUUUGCCUUUACCUUUUCUAUUGAAGUUGUUGUACAAUAGAAUGUGUACUUUCGUCCUCUCAUCUUAUGUGAAAUGAAAUGUAAUUAUGUUGUUUCAGCGGCUCAGUGUCUGCCAUUAUGUGCUAAAGUACAGACGGAAUAAAGCUUCUCUACCUGUACAGCCCUCUGCCUACGGUCUCUUUCCACUAGGUACAAGACAUAUAUUUUGUAUUCAUAUGUUGAGGGGUUCCAGGCAAAGGUGUCUUCUGAACAUCUCUUCAGCGGUACUUAUAUGUCCAGUAACUACCGUAUACAAUUAAUAAUUUCCACAAAUGUGUCAACAAAACAAAAAAUAUUCUGGCAUAAUUGUCAAAGUUUGAAUAAACACAUUUUUAUGUAUUUGGGUGGUGCAUUUCUUUCUUUUCAUUCAUAUUGCGACAUAGGGCCACAUUAAACUCCCUCUGCAGUGGUCUUCUAGGUUACCAGUUUGGCGUGAAUCACAUGAAAAACAUCUCUGUAAUGGACUGUAGCCAUCUACUGGCAGUAUGAGCACUGCUAAUUAAAUCCCCCUUGGAAAUCAGUCAUGCAGUUGAAACCCAGUCUGCCUCUGUUCCCAUAAACACUACACAAUAGAUGUUCUGCAUUUUGCUCUCACUCAGCAGGAAAUGUCCUCGGCUGUUCAGAGAAACCGGGUGAGAUGUUUCUUAUUUUACCACAAGCCUCCCCCAGCCGAUUCUCAUACCAACACUGUGCACCAAAAAGCAGAAGUGAUCAGGAGGAUGUGUGCCAGACAGCUCACUUGUGUCCAGGACUAAGCGGUAGCACUUUGCUGUUGUCUGUGAUUCGGCGCACAUGCUGUCCUAAGAGGGUGUUAUGAGCCCCUAGAAGAGGAGGCCCAAAAUGUCUUAUCUUCCCAGAGCAGCCGCUGAGCUCCAGCCCUCUCUGGAGUAGUACACCCCGUCUCAGUGGGAAACUUAACCAGUCUCCCCUUCCUUCCCUGGCUGGGAGCAGCCGUCAGCAUGGAGGAUACCACAGCCAUAGUCACCACAGUCCAUUGUGCACCAGUCACCAAAGCUGCAAAGCAGCAGGCCCCAGGUGAUGAGGAGGACGAGGAAGCCGGGGGCUGGGACAUAGGAACAGAAAGCUGGAACACACAGAGUGCCGCUUCUGCUGCGAUGAAACUCCCUGUGCUCACGCAGCCUGGCCUGGGGGUAACCACGACAACAGUGACCACCAUCACUCAGACGGGAGGGGAUUGGAGCAGCAGUCUGUUCAACGUGUGUGGAGACAGGACCACAUGUCUCUUAGGGGCCUUUGUGCCCUGUUGCUUGGACCUGAGUCUGGCCCACCAGUACGGGGAGUGUCUGUGUCUGCCCCUGCUCCCUGGCUCCACAUUCGCCAUGCGGGUGGGCACCAGGGAGAGAUACAAGAUACAGCCGUGGCUGUACACCAUAUUUUAUUUUGUAUUGCAUGCGGGGGGAAAUUUGUUUCUGAUUUGUAAUGUAAAGACUCAUUCUGAUUUGUUACGUAAAGACUCAUUCUGAUUUGUUACGUAAAGACUCAUUCUGAUUUGUUAUGUAAAGACUCAUUCUGAUUUGUUAUGUAAAGACUCAUUCUGAUUUGUUAUGUAAAGACUCAUUCUGAUUUGUUAUGUAAAGACUCAUUCUGAUUUGUUAUCUAAAGACUCAUUCUGAUUUGUUAUCUAAAGACUCAUUCUGAUUUUGUCAUGCUCUGGUCGAAGUAUUUUGUAUUUAUCUUCAUGUAUUGGGUCAGGCCAGGGUGUGGCAUGGGGUUUUUGUAUUGUGGUGUGUUUGUCUUGGGGUUUUGGUGGUGGUAUUGGGAUUGUAGCUUAGUGGGUUAUCUAGCGAAGUCUAUGGCUGUCUGGAGUGGUUCUCAAUCAGAGGCAGGUGUUUAUCGUUGUCUCCGAUUGGGAACCAUAUUUAGGCAGCCAUAUUCUUUGAGUUUGUCCUUAGUGUCUUUGUUCCUGUCGCUGUAUUAGUUGACAAGUAUAGGCUGUUUCGGUUUUCGUUACGUUUAUUGUUUUGUAGUGUUUGUGUUUAGUGUGGUUUUUUUUCAUUAAACAUGAAUCGUAAUCUACACGCUGUGUUUUGGUCCGACUCUCCUUCACCACACCUAGAAAACCGUUACAGAAUCACCCACGACAAACUCAAAGAAUAUGGCUGCUUAAAUAUGGUUCCCAAUCAGAGACAACGAUAAACACCUGCCUCUGAUUGAGAACCACUCCAGACAGCCAUAGACUUUGGUAGAUCACCCCACUAGCUACAAUCCCAAUACAUACACACCAAAACCCCAAGACAAAACACACCACAAUACAAAAACCACAUGCCACACCCUGGCCUGACCCAAUACAUGAAGAUAAAUACAAAAUACUUCGACCAGGGCGUGACAGAUUUGUUAUGUAAAGACUCAUUCUGAUUUGUUAUGUAAAGACUCAUUCUGAUUUGUUAUGUAAAGACUCAUUCUGAUUUGUUAUGUAAAGACUCAUUCUGAUUUGUUAUGUAAAGACUCAUUCUGAUUUGUUAUGUAAAGACUCAUUCUGAUUUGUUAUGUAAAGACUCAUUCUGAUUUGUUAUGUAAAGACUCAUUCUGAUUUGUUAUGUAAAGACUCAUUCUGAUUUUUAUGUAAAGACUAAUUUAGUUCAGCAGCCAGGCUUCAGAUAGAAAUAAAGACUGGUCUGAGACCAGAUGUGAACUUUC